AUGCAAUUCAUUGAAAACUGUAGAAAUACCACCCGGUGUGUCUGUGUUACGUUACAAUUUUAUUGCACUUCACUUAGUCAAAUUUCACUUCCAAAUACAGUUAACAACAUUGGUGGUGGGUGUUUCAAAGGAUGUUCUUCUUUGACUUCAGUAGAACUUCCCCUGUUAAUUGCAUCACUCGAUAGUGAAGUAUUCCAAAAUUGUGAUAAUUUACGAUACAUUCAUAUACCAGGAAAUGUGAAAGUAGUUAAAAAACAUUGCUUUAAUUGUUGUUAUAAUUUAAGUCAAAUUGAAUUUUGUCACUCAAUUACUGCGUUUGAAAAAUACUGUUUUAAUGGCUGCAGUUCUUUAACGGAAUUGGAACUGCCCAAAACUGUUAUUCGAAUUUCAAAUAAUAUGUUUGCACACUGCUUAAAUAUCAAAAAUGUCAUAUUAAGUGAUAAUAUUGUAGAAAUACCAAAUUAUUGUUUUAAUCAGUGUUCUUCACUUGUAGAAAUACACAUUCCUACUAAAUGUGAAAAAGUUGGAGAAUAUUCCUUUUCAUUGUGUAAUUCGUUACAACAUGUCAGUAUCCCAGACAGUGUCACUUCUAUUGGAAAUUAUUGUUUUUAUAAUUGUGAUGAAUUAAAAUCUGUAAUAUUGCCUUGCAAGACUUUGAAACUUGAGCAGAAUUGUUUUGAAUUAUGUAGUAAACUUAAUAAUGUCCAAAAUUUGAAUAAAAUUGGUUAUUUUGAUAAAAAUGCAUUUGUGGGAUGCUACUCUUUUGAUAUAAGUCUAUAUACCAAACAAAAAAAGGCUGAAAAAGGAUGUUCAGAUAAACAGAAAAAGGGAAAGAAAGGGGAGAAUACAUCUAAAAAAGAAAAUAAAAAACACAAAAAGUGA